AGGUAAGGUUGGUAGUUAUAGUGGUCUAGGCAUGGGGAAAACUUAUUACAAUUCCCUCAUGAUUGUACAUUAUUCUACGUUACCGACUGGAUGAGUGAGAGACCCUUCCGCCAUGUCAGGUUCCAAUGGCGAUGACUUAUUUAAAUCGCUUAAUUCAGCACAGUCUCGUGCCGUUAGCUCCCGCGCGUCAACCGUUGCUAUCCUAGCAGGACCAGGAAGCGGUAAGACUCAUACUCUCACAUCUCGAGUUGUUUGGCUUAUCGACCAUGUCGGAAUCCGACCUUGCGAUGUCAUUGUCGCAACCUUCACCGUCAAAGCAUCCAAUGAGAUGAAAUUGCGUAUUGGUCAGGCACUCGGUGAUGGACGCGAAAAGAAAAUUAUAUUGGGUACAUUCCACAGCAUUGCUCGCAAAUACCUAGCUAUAUAUGGAAAGCGCAUUGGGCUGGAUCCCAAGUUUGGCAUCGCAGACGACUCCGAUUCGAGGGCGGUGAUAAAGCGUAUUUGCAAGAGACUAGACAGUCCUAUCGAGCCGGCUGUGGCUCGUUCUUGGAUCAGCAAGCGUAAAGCGAAAGGUACUUCCGAUGAGCAGAACAUCAAGGCCAAAAACGGCAAAAGCAUCGAGUCCAAGUCACUGGAACAAUGUUUCGAGGAAUACCAAGCUUACCUCGAGCGAUCGAAUCUGCUAGACUAUGAUGAUCUUCUUAUUCGCUGCGUCGAACUCCUUCGUCAAUGGCCUGACUGUGUUAAGAACAUCCAGACGGUAUUGAUCGACGAGUAUCAAGAUACAAACGGGGUUCAGUACGAUCUGAUGAAGCUUUUCGCACAAAAAAACCGCCAGAUAACAAUCGUUGGAGACCCGGAUCAGAGUAUAUAUGGUUGGCGAUCGGCAGAAAUAAGAAAUCUCCAUCGCCUACUACGUGACUUUCCCGGUACGGACGAGAUAUCUCUCGAGGAAAACUAUAGAUCAUCAAGUUCUAUUCUGGACGUCUCUUUGCAAGUCAUUCAACAGGAUCAAGAAAGAUACAAGAAGAUUCUUUUACCGGUGCACGCCAAAGGUACUCGACCAGUUCUUCGCAUGUUGAAGAAUUCCAUGACUGAGGCGGAUUGGAUUGUUUCUGAGAUCAAGCGAAUCAAAAUGAUGGCUGGGGAUAUGAUCAAGUCUGAUGAUAUCGCGAUAUUGCUUCGUUCUGCUUCUCUAUCGAGGCAUAUUGAAUCCGCAUUGGGCAGAGAGGGUAUAGCAUAUAGGAUGGUUGGUGGUUUUAAAUUCUAUGAACGAGUUGAAAUCAAGACCAUAUUGGAUUACUUACGAGUGAUCCACCAACCCGAUAACAAUGAUGCUCUCGCGCGUAUCAUGAACGUUCCAAAGCGAGGCAUUGGCGACGUAACGGCUAGAUCUCUCUUAGAAGAAGCUGAGCGCAGCUCUAUGAGCCUUUGGGAACUACUCGGCAAGCACUGUCGUGGAGAACGGAAAGCGAAGACGACUAUUAGACAACCAGCCGAACAGAAGAUCAGUGGGGGACUGAUCAAAUUGAUCACGAAUCUACAAAACCAACUACGACCAAAAGAAGGGACACCCGUUAACUUGGUUGACAUUAUCAACCAAUUACUCAAAGACUUACAAUUUGAAAAACAUCUUGAGGAGACGCACGGUCCUGAGUAUGAGUUACGAUGGGCGAAUGUCCAGGAAUUCGUGAAUCUCGCCGCUGAGUUCAUGGAUCAGGAUAAACCGGAAGAAGAUAUGCUUCCAAUACUUGAAGAUACCCAGCAAUCAAUAGACGACGAUGUGCUGGCACGAUUCCUAGCGAAUGUUUCGCUGGCAUCUGAUAAACAGGCCAAUGAUAAGGACAAGGAACAAAAGCCUCAAGUCACAGUCUCCACGAUACACGCAGCGAAGGGACUAGAAUGGCCUGUGGUGUUUGUUCCAGCCGUUUAUAAGGGAUCGAUACCGCAUAUACGAUCCGACGAUCAAAAUGAGGAACGACGCCUCCUGUACGUAGCGAUGACUCGAGCUCAAGCUUUGCUUUAUCUAAGCUGCCCCCGCUAUACCAUCAGUGGUAGUAAAGAAGCUACCCAGAUUUCGCCUUUCGUUGAGAACCUCUCAUCAUCUACGUUUCUCAAGAAAGGGCCGUCUCUAGAUCGGUUGGUCAUGUCGGAAAUAGCCCGAAUAUUACGGAGAGACUUGCCAGCGGAGAGUGUUAUAUAUAAGAACAUUCCGAUGAUGACGGCCAUUGAGGAUAAUAUUUUCCCGAUCGACCCGAACCAAGCGCAAGAAAUAACUCCACUUCCCGUACCUACAGGCAAUCACGGGUUUAAUCAGCGUCCUGGUCAACAUAAGCGACAAAAAAUAAGUCAUACUGAGGUUGCAGACGAAUCAGUUGAGGGCUGGGUGGCCCCUUACGCUACAACAAUGCAGAAGUCCGAUUCUUUUACAGUGCCGCAACCACCGCCGCAAUUGGGAUUCACAACAGCGGGUGCUCAUUUUGCGAGUGUGACUGCAGCUGAUGCAGCAAAGCCUACCGCAAAGUCCGCUCAGGGGGCAGCCACGAAAAAGCCCCCAAUGUCUCGGGCCCCUUCGCAGAGGAGUCUAAUUGGCUAUGGAUAUGGUAUCACAAACCACGACAAAUCAAAACAGGUCGAUGACAUAGCGCCGAUCGCAUCUUCCAAGUCGAAUCAGAUCAUGAACCGCGCCCCUCGCCCCUACCAGGUACCACGAGGUCAUCAUAAGCAGCAAAUAGGAUCUCAGCACUUCCCUCCAUCAAUCCAGGGGCUUUCAAGAGCACAGCAGAAACCUGCUAUCGAGCCUAAUCUAGCAGCCCACAAGUUCGGUUCCGCGAAAUUUUCGAGUCGGCCGACAACUAAUCAAAGUACAACAGCCCCUGCAGCGGCUGAAAACCCACCCUCGAAGCCGAAGCAAUACGCUUGUUUUUCAAGCUCGCCGACCAAGCCCCAGCCAGCUGAAGAACAGGGUAACGCGGAAAAGGAAAACGUGGUGCCGGAGGAAGAAGUAACGCGUCCAGCUAAGAGCUUUCACGCGACAACGGUAAACCGCGGUCCUCAAACUGGCUGGAGGGGAGGCGGUGGUAUCCAGAGGCCGACGCCGCUGGGACGGAGUGGGAUUACUCCUAUGGAUCGCCUGAAAAAGCCAUUUAAAUUGACCGUUAAGCGGCCACCAUGACGUAUACAUGUACCUAGGUACAUUCACACAACAUUAUAUAGACAUAUAAACACUGCAAAAGCGAAUAUAGAGAUAUAACUCUAUCAACGGAGGCUGCUCUACAAAGAGAGCAUUAUGAUUCAAUGUCUAGCAGAAAGUCUUAUACCAAUAUCAAGCCCUCGUAGUUCUAUCAAGCAAAUAAACCCAAUCUUGAGGACAUUUUGCCUAUGCUAAUAUGAUUACACCUAACUCCGAUCGAUGAUGACCUUUAAGUACAAUUUUGUCUGAGUCUAUAAUCAUGAACCAUUUCUUAAUCUAUUCCACCAUGUC